AUGUUAGUCAGUGCCUAUUGGCACGGGUUUCAUCCUGGAUACUAUCUAUCGUUUCUCACUGUCCCGCUGGCCCUUGUUGCGGAAUCUACCCUAACCAAAGCGAUUAACACUUUCGGUCGAAGCCUACCAUCUGGAACGCUGCCGUUCAUCUCCUGGCUCAUCAAGAUGCGUGUUUUUGAGUACUGUGCCAUGGGUUUCUUGUUGCUUGAUGCGGAGACCACAUUAGCCUACUGGCAUAGUAUUGGGUAUUGUGUGCAUGUUCUGUUGAUCGGCAUAAUUGUAAUAGGAUUUCUAAUCAACAGGUUUGUGCCUCCGCCACUCUACUCGGCCUAUCGAGAUAUUUUGGCCAAUCAGGAAUUGCAUCGAGCCGAGGAGAAAAAAGCGUUUCUGCGCGCGAAUCGUUUAUGA